CCCAAUCCGUCCCAUCCCAUCCCAUUGUCACUUUGCUACAUUCUUCGAAGCGCCAGGCCACCACGGCGGCUAUCUUCUGUUUGCCCCCUUCUCUUACAUACUUCUUACUGUGACUUCAGGCACUUUCGCACCCUUGAGUCUCGCCAGAUCUCUCCAGAACAUUGUUACUGGCCAGGUCUUACAAAAUUGUCAGACCUUACCACUCUUCCGCCCCCACCUUCUGCGUUGCGUCCGCUCGCCGCCGUGUCAGCACAAGUCAACUCUGCUUCAGCCGCACCACAGCCCGAUCAAUUUCCUCUUUCUGUGCGCCUCGUCAUAUUACAUCUUCGCUGCUUGGCCUUCUCCUAGUCCUCUCCAAAUUUCAUCCCUGGUCUGAUUGAAUCUUCCUUCUCUAUCCUUUCGUCUCUGCGCAACACUUCCUCGACACGAACCCACCAUUCCAAAAGCGAGUCUCACCAAUUGCUCAACUCUGCCAUCAUGGGGGACUUGGCCGGUCGCAAGGUCUUUAAGGUCUUCAAUCAAGAUUUUGUCGUGGAUGAAAGAUACACAGUCACAAAAGAACUAGGACAGGGUGCUUAUGGCAUCGUCUGCGCAGCAACCAACUCUCAGACUGGUGAAGGCGUGGCCAUCAAAAAAGUCACCAAUGUCUUCAGCAAAAAGAUCCUCGCAAAGAGAGCCCUGCGUGAAAUCAAGCUCCUACAACAUUUCCGCGGCCACAGAAAUAUCACCUGUCUCUAUGAUAUGGAUAUUCCCCGCCCUGACAACUUCAAUGAAACUUACCUCUAUGAGGAGUUGAUGGAAUGCGAUCUCGCCGCUAUCAUCCGCUCCGGCCAACCUUUGACCGAUGCCCAUUUCCAAUCCUUCAUCUACCAGAUCCUGUGCGGUCUGAAGUAUAUCCAUUCCGCAAAUGUCCUCCACAGAGAUUUGAAGCCAGGUAAUCUCCUGGUCAAUGCCGAUUGCGAGCUCAAAAUCUGCGACUUUGGCCUCGCCAGAGGCUUCUCCCAAGACCCAGAAGAAAAUGCCGGAUACAUGACUGAAUAUGUCGCAACAAGAUGGUAUCGCGCUCCAGAGAUCAUGUUGAGCUUCCAGAGCUACACCAAAGCUAUUGAUGUAUGGUCUGUUGGCUGUAUCCUGGCUGAACUUCUAGGUGGUCGACCAUUCUUCAAGGGCCGCGACUAUGUCGACCAACUCAACCAGAUCCUCCAUUACCUGGGAACCCCGAAUGAGGAAACAUUGUCCCGCAUCGGAUCACCCCGUGCCCAAGAAUAUGUUCGCAACCUUCCGUUCAUGCCCAAAAUUCCAUUCCAGAGACUCUUCCCUCAGGCAAACCCUGAUGCUCUCGACCUCCUCGAUCGCAUGCUGGCAUUCGAUCCCUCCUCCCGCAUCUCAGUUGAAGAAGCUCUCGAACACCGCUAUCUCCACAUCUGGCACGAUGCCUCUGACGAGCCCGCUUGCCCCAAGUCAUUCGACUUUGCCUUUGAAGUUGUCGAGGAUGUGCAGGAGAUGAGAAAGAUGAUCUUGGAUGAGGUCCAGAGGUUCCGCCACCAUGUUCGCCAUCAGCCAACACAAGGAACUGCCGCGAACAUUGCGGUCCCCAUCCCAGACAACCCGAAUCAAUGGAGACAGGGAGAUCCGAGACCUCAAGAGGCCAGCGCCUACGGAGGAAACGAUCUCGAGAAUGAGCUCCAAGCUGGCUCGGAUAUGAUGAGACGAUAGAUCAUGACUGCGUUGCGUUGAAUCACGUUUGGUAUACCAAUGCUAGUCUGGAUCCUGUUCUAACUUUUUGUGUCCUGGGCAACUCAUGAGAAUGCCAACAAAACAUACAAGCCAGUUUAGAAGCGUUUCAUCGUCAAUUAUCAAUUCAUUCGUACCCCAAA